UAAAACAAUUGGCGUUUGGGAGAUGCAUAGUAGUUGGUCAUGUGACUGGUUUUACUUAUCUCAGCAAAUAUAGAAACUUUCUGAUGUUCUAGUUUUUUAGUUUAAAUGCAUCUUACUUUUGUUUAUUUUGGGGGUGUUUCGUGUAAAGGUUUCUAUAAAUAAAUCAACUUUUUGGCUUUUGCACAUGUUUCACAGUUGUACUUUAAGACCAUUUACUGUAUGUAAAAAUAAAUAAGUUAAUGUUAGUUCCUGGCUGCACUUGUCACCUCAACCAUUACUUUUUUUAUUUUGUGAACAUAUUUUUAGAUUUUUCAUUUGUUUUGCUGCUUGUUUUAAUUUAACUGUGAAGCUGAUUUUUUUAAUAGAUUAUGUCAGGACUGAUAGACAAGCCAAAAUGCAGAAAGAGGCUUCAUUGCUUCAUGAAGCUUCAUCUGCCCAUCACUACUGGAUAGAUAUUUGUGAUCUAGGAUUUGGAAAUAGAAAACAACUUUGUUAGCCUGUUUAUAUAGACUGGUUGUCCUGGAGCCAGAUCACAGACCACACCCACUAUGAAACGCACUUUCAUAAUUUAGCUGUUGAAGAUAUUGCGUCAUCUAUGUUUUUGGUGUUUUGUUUUCUAUUUUGGAACAUAUUAAAUCCCAAAACAAACAAACCAAAAAAAAAAACCCCACCUUUUGUACUCAUCUUAACCUGUUUGUGAGCAGUUUCCAUUCGGAUCUGUGGGAGGGAAUUGAAGUUAAGUUUCAUUUUCCAAAAUACCAGCUGAUGAGUGUUGACCCGCAGAUAAAAAGGCUGCGCCAUAACAGAGCUCACACGCAGUUUCACUUCAGCGUUUCUGAGACGAUUCUCUGGACGAUCUUUAAACAUCAUGAGAGGACCGACAGAUUGGCUUCCUUCCUUAUGGGUGGAAACCUUCGAGGAUUUGCUGGAUGAACAGUUGGACUAUGAAGAUGAUUGGAGUUUUCAAUUCAACUACAGGCUAACAAAUGAACUCACUGCACAGGAGAAAAGGAGAGGCUGGAAAAUAUCUUGUCAAUGUUCCAAAGCACAAUUUAAGUGUGGUUCCUGUGGAAAUUCCUGGUUCUCUGCACGGGUGACGCUGUUGUUCCAUUACCGGCUAAGACGUGGCCGUGGUACUGUCAUCAUGCGACCCCUUGGUCAGAGCUGCCGUAACUGCCAAGAUGAUAACUUUUACUUCCCUGGAUUUGUCACAAAAACAGUGGAAGAUAUUUUAAUCAAGGUGUUCUCAAAAAUCCGCAAAAACUGCUACAUGGAAAAUGAUGAGAACAAUGUUCCUAACACAGAACCUUCCACUAAAAGGUAUACAAAACCACAUGAGAGUUCGCUUUGCGAAUCGUGUUUAUUAGGUAUAUGCAACCAAGAUGAUGAUAAUGAGACUUGUGUGUGAGGCAAAGCUCUAUGCUACUGUUUUAUUGUGUUACCUAUUCAUUUGAAUUUUCAGCAAGUUUCUUGUGAAAACAGGGUUAAUUUUUUUUAAUGUCGUAAUUUUGUGGGGGGUUUUUUGUUUGUUUGUUUGCUUUUUUACAUUUAAACUGGUACAUUUGGUGUCCAUGUUUGAUUCUGUUUGGGAAUUAUAUGGUCAAAUCUUAUUUUUAUGAAAUAUGGAGAAAAGUUCAGAAAAAAAUACCUUUGGUGUAAAAUCUCAAGUUUCCUGGUACUGUUCAUUGAUUUGUAUACAACAAAUCAUGUGUAUUAUACUUUAUUUUCACAAAUCAGAAACCAUACAAUUUGAUAAUAUAUUGAAUUAUGAGAUUGAAUAGUGUUUUUUUUAUUUUUCUAUAUUUUUCAUGAAAAUGUUUUAAUCUGUUUAACGACUAAUCAAGUCUUUAUAAAUGCAACAGAAAUGUUGACACAUUGCAAACAUUAGUUAAUAGAUAAAUAUAUUCUCCAGCUUUGUUUAUUUGAACUAAAGACCUCCUAUGAUGAAAACUGUGUUUUUUGGUGAUUGUAUCAUGUUCUUGUGGGAUUUUUCUAAUGAUGGAAGACAUUAAUAAAUAAAACUAAGCUGAAAAUUGCAUUUCUGAGUAU